GCAUCAGAGCGCGCGGCGCUGGGGCUGGGAGGCUGGCCAGGGGCUGCGCUGACACCCCGGCAAGGCCUGCAGCAGCGCCCCCCCCUCCUCGCCAACAUGGGGCUGGAGGCCCAGAGGCUGCCAGGGGCCGAGGAGGCCCCAGUGAGGGUGGCCCUGCGAGUCCGCCCGCUGCUGCCCAAGGAGCUGCUGCACGGGCACCAGAGCUGCCUGCGGGUGGAGCCGGGGCGCGGCCGGGUCACCCUGGGCCGGGACCGCCACUUCGGCUUCCACGUGGUGCUGGACGAGGACGCCGGGCAGGAGGCUGUGUACCAGGCCUGCGUGCAGCCCCUGCUGGAGGCCUUCUUCGAGGGCUUCAACGCCACGGUCUUCGCCUACGGCCAGACGGGCUCCGGGAAGACGUACACCAUGGGGGAGGCCAGUGUGGCCUCCCUCCACGAGGAUGAUCAGGGCAUCAUCCCCCGGGUCAUGGCCGAGGCCUUCAAGCUCAUCGAUGAGAACGACCUGCUGGACUGCCUCGUGCACGUGUCCUACCUGGAGGUGUACAGGGAGGAGUUCCGGGACCUGCUCGAGGUGGGCACGGCCAGCCGCGACAUCCAGCUCCGGGAGGACGAUCGGGGGAACGUCGUGCUGUGUGGGGUGAAGGAGGUGGACGUGGAGGGCCUGGACGAGGUGCUGAGCCUCCUGGAGAUGGGCAAUGCGGCGCGGCACACGGGGGCCACGCACCUCAACCGCCUGUCCAGCCGCUCGCACACGGUCUUCACCGUGACCCUGGAGCAGCGGGGCCGCGCCCCCAGCCGCCUGCCGCGCCCCGCCACGGGCCAGCUGCUGGUCUCCAAGUUCCACUUCGUGGACCUGGCCGGCUCCGAGCGGGUGCUCAAGACGGGGAGCACAGGCGAGCGCCUCAAAGAGAGCAUCCAGAUCAACAGCAGCCUGCUGGCCCUGGGCAACGUCAUCAGUGCCCUGGGCGACCCCCAGCGCCGCGGCAGCCACAUCCCCUACCGGGACUCCAAGAUCACGCGGAUCCUCAAAGACUCGCUGGGCGGAAACGCCAAGACGGUGAUGAUCGCCUGUGUCAGCCCCUCCUCCUCCGACUUCGAUGAGACCCUCAACACCCUCAACUACGCCAGCCGCGCUCAGAACAUCUGCAACCGCCCCACGGUCAACUGGCGGCCCGAGGCCGAGCGGGCGCCCGAAGAGGCGGCCGGGGCGCGGGGUCCUCCGCGGCACCGCUCAGAGACGCGCAUCAUCCACCGCGGCCGGCGCGGCUUGGGCCCCGCCGCCGCCCCCACCGUGGCCGCCGCCCGCCUGGGCGCCGAGUGCGCGCGCUACCGGGCCCGCACUGACGCCGCCUACAGCCUCCUGCGUGAGCUGCAGGCCGAGCCCGGGCUACCCGGCGCCACCGCGCGGAAGGUGCGCGACUGGCUGUGCGAGGUCGAGGGCGAGCGCAGCGCCCUGAGCUCCGCCUCGGGGCCGGACAGCGGCAUCGAGAGCGCCUCCGCCGCGGACGAGCAGGCCACGCAGGCGCCCGGCGGCAGAAAGGUGGCCAAGGACCAGGGAGGCGAGGGGGCGCUGCUGGCCCUGCAGAGCCAGGUGGCCCGGCUGGAGGAGGAGAACCGAGACUUCCUGGCCGCCCUGGAGGACGCCAUGGAGCAGUACAAGCUGCAGAGCGACCGUCUGCGUGAGCAGCAGGAGGAGAUGGCGGAGCUGCGGCUGCGGCUGGAGCUGGUGCGGCCAGGCUGGGGUGCCCCGGGGCUCCUGCGGGGCCUGCCUCCUGGGGCCUUUGGGCCCCGGCCUCACACGGCACCCCUGGCGGGUGCCCACAGCCACGUGCUGGGCAUGGUGCCCCCUGCGUGCCUUCCUGGAGACGAAGUCGGCCCUGAGACCUGGGGAGAGGAGACAAAUGGCACAGAGAUGGGAGCCCAGCUGCUGGCGGAGGUCGACAGGCUGGGAGGUGGCUCCUCGGCUUCAUCGGAGGAGGGGGAGGGGGAGGGGGCUGAGCAGCCGCCGCCCCGGCAGACCCUGCACCUGCGCAGAAAUGGGAUCGGCAAGUGGAACCAGAGGGCGGACGCAGGCCCUGGGAGUCCGCCGAGCAGGAAGGGCCCGGAGCUGCGCCUUGAGGAGCCGGGUGCAGCCACCCUGGAGCCCAGAGUGGCUCCUGGGAGCAAGGCCCGGGCCCGGCCCCGCCAGGAUCCCGCAGCCACGGCCUCCGAGUGGCGGCUCGCCCAAGCCCAGCAGAAGAUCCGGGAACUGGCCAUCAACAUCCGCAUGAAGGAGGAGCUCAUCGGCGAGCUGGUGCGCACAGGGAAGGCGGCCCAGGCCCUGAACCGCCAGCACAGCCAGCGCAUCCGGGAGCUGGAACAGGAGGCGGAGCGCGUGCGGGCGGAGCUGAGCGAAGGCCAGCGGCAGCUGCGGGAGCUGGAGGGCAGGGAGCCGCAGGACCCAGGCGAGCGGUCCCGGCUCCAGGAGUUCCGCAGGAGGGUCGCUGCCGCCCAGAGCCAGGUGCAGCGGGGGUUGUGCCGGUCGCAGGUGCUGAAGGAGAAGAAGCAGGUGACGGAGCGGCUGGCGUCGCUGUCGGCCCAGAGCGAGAAGCGGCUGCAGGAGCUGGAGAGGCACGUGCGGCUCAUGCGGCAGCAGCAGGCGCAGCUGCAGAGGCGGCUUCGCGAGGAGACGGAGCAGAAGCGGCGCCUGGAGACCGAGAUGAGCAAGCGGCAGCACCGGGUCAAGGAGCUGGAGCUGAAGCACGAGCAGCAGCAGAAGAUCCUGCGGAUCAAGACGGAGGAGAUCGCGGCGUUCCAGAGGAAGCGGCGCAGCGGCAGCAGCGGCUCCGUGGUCAGCCUGGAGCAGCAGCAGAAGAUCGAGGAGCAGAAGAAGUGGCUGGACCAGGAGAUGGAGAAGGUCCUGCAGCAGCGGCGGGCGCUGGAGGAGCUGGGCGAGGAGCUCCGCAAGCGGGAGGCCAUCCUGGCCAAGAAGGAGGCGCUGGUGCAGGAGAAGACGGGGCUGGAGAGCAAGCGCCUGCGCUCCAGCCAGGCCCUGACCGAGGACAUCGUGCGCGUGUCCAGCCGGCUGGAGCACCUGGAGAGGGAGCUGUCCGAGAAGAGCGGGCAGCUGCGGCAGGGCAGCGCCCAGAGCCAGCAGCAGAUCCGCGGGGAGAUCGACGCCCUGCGCCAGGAGAAGGACUCGCUGCUGAAGCAGCGCCUGGAGAUCGACGGCAAGCUGAGGCAGGGCAGCCUGCUGUCGCCCGAGGAGGAGCGGACGCUGUUCCAGCUGGACGAGGCCAUCGAGGCCUUGGACGCCGCCAUCGAGUACAAGAACGAGGCCAUCACGUGCCGCCAGCGGGUGCUGCGGGCCUCAGCCUCCCUGCUGUCCCAGUGCGAGAUGGACCUCAUGGCCAAGCUCAGCUACCUCUCGUCCUCCGAGACCAGGGCCCUCCUCUGCAAGUACUUUGACAAGGUGGUGACGCUGCGGGAGGAGCAGCACCAGCAGCAGGUGGCCUUCUCGGAGCUGGAGAUGCAGCUGGAGGAGCAGCAGAGGCUGGUGUACUGGCUGGAGGCAGCCCUGGAGCGGCAGCGCCUGGAGAUGGACCGCCAGCUGACCCAGCAGCAGAAGGAACACGAGCGGAGCCUGCAGCUGCUCCUGCAGCAGAGCCGAGACCACCUUGGCGAAGGGCUAGCAGACAGCAGGAGGCAGUAUGAGGCCAGGAUCCAGGCUCUGGAGAGGGAGCUGGGCCGCCACAUGUGGAUGAACCAGGAACUGAAGCAGAAGCUGAGCGGCGCGGGCGCGGCGGGACCGAGCAGGGGUGGGGAGAAGAGGCCCCCGUGCCCUGGACAGGAGGAUGACCUGCGCGCAGCACCAGAGCCGCUUGGGCAGCCGCCCUCUGCGGAGGGCGCCCCCCGUGCCCGGGAGGAGGCGCGGGACCUGGUCCACGCCCCGCUCCCACUGACGUGGAAGCGCUCCAGCCUGGGUGGCGAGGAGCAGGGCUCCCCGGAGGAGCCGCGGCAGCGGGAGGCCGCGGAGCCCCUUGUCGGGCAGGCGCUGCCUGUGGGGGUGGGGGGCCUGCCCUGGCAGGCGGGGCCCUUGGCCAGACCCCGGCGGGAGCUGCGCAGGGCCAGCCCGGGGAUGAUCGACGUCAGGAGGAGCCCCCUGUAGGUCUGGGGCAGAGCCGGCCUCGGACAGGGGUCCGAGCCCGCCGAAAGGUACGGUGCUGCCUGCGUCUGCCAAGGAGUCCUCGCCUCGCUCUAGAUCAGAGUCAGCCCAGACGAACUGGGCUCAGUUACUGUGACUCUUUGUAAAAGCGGCUCCCUACCGCCCCCUUCCGGCGAGCUGCGGCACGACGGCCGGGCGGCCGCCUUCGGCUCGGACCGGUUCGAGCAGGACACGUGCGGUCUGCGGGCCGUGCCGCUGGCUCUGCGGUGCAGCGGGGCGGUCCCGGAGCGGCCUGGGGUGUAAGCGGGCGCAGUGUGCGGGGUUGGGAAGCAGCAGGCGUUUGGAGUUGUGCGCAGCCGUUUUGUAAUAAAUGAGAACAGCCUCUGGAGACACCGGUG